GUCAUGUACGUGGUUGCUGCGAGGACAUUCUUGGUAUCGCUGCUUCUCGGCGGUCUGCUUGUAAGGACCACUCAGGCCCAGAACAUCUGUGAUGCUCGUGAAACGGUGACCAUCAAAGAGAACAACCUUGUGGGAGACCUUGUGGAGACGAUCAGAGUCAACGAAGCCGUAACCCUCUCGUUGGAAACUUCCUCUGACAACUCCUUCACUCUGAAUGGCAACCAGCUGUUGGCUGCCAAAGUUCUGGACUAUGAGACUUCCAAAAGUCAUGUGGUCAAGUUGGUGUGCUUGCAAGGAGGCACGGGCCUGCAGCUUGCCAUCGUCAUAGUUAUAAUCGUGGUUAAUGUGAACGACAACCCGCCAAUAUUUGGAGCAAACCCUUACCUGAUCAAUGUCAACGAGCUCAUUCCUCUAAACACGCCUCUUGAUGAACACUUUCCCGCCACUGACAAAGAUGAGAACACGGAGCUCUACUACACGCUCGUGUCAGAAACCAAUUACUUUAAACUGGAGUCACCCACCAACCCACAACUCGUCAUUCAGAAUGUUCUGGACUAUGACAAAGUCCAACGUGUCGAGAUGGUCUUGUAUGCCCAGGACACACCCUUGGCAGAAUCUGGUGGCAAGGACUCUUUCACCGCCACCACCACCAUCCAAGUCACCGUCAUCGAUGUGGAUAACAGGCCGCCUUGGUUCUGGCCUUGCACUGUACACAUAAUAGCUGGAGCCAGCAUCUGCCAGAGUGCCGGCUACACCAGUCGAGUAGUCUUAAACGAAAUGGAGGCUGAACCGUUAACUUUGAAGCCGGGUCCACUUCACGCCAUUGAUGGUGACACUGGGAUCAAUGAAGCCAUAAGAUACUCAUUCCUGAGCGGAAACGAAGAUGGCCUGUUUGAGAUCAACCCAAUCACUGGCAACAUCAGCAUGUCAAGGGCGGCUGACGUGGUGGAGCCAAUCUCUCUCACAGUUGUGGCCGCUCAGACACCAAGCAGCUCUCAAUUUUCAACCACCAGCCUCACCAUCAGCGUCCAGAUAAAGAGCCUCCACCAACCACAGUUUCAGAGGGUUGAGUACGAGGGUGUGGUGUCUUCAGUUGGCGCCAUGGCAACAGACCCGGCAAACAUGGACGAGCCACUGCGGCUCAUUGCCUUGGACGAGGACUAUGCGGCUCUGGGGGGUGUUAACCCCAACGUGGUCUAUCACGUUAAAGGAAGUGACGACUUCUCCAUUAUCAAUGGCUACUUAUUUAUGACCAAGAACCUACCAGUGGCCCAAUUAGCGCUACAGGUGGAGGCGGUGGACACUUCUAAUGAUGACAAGGCAACAGCACAGCUCUCAGUGGAGGUGAAAUCAGGUCUCACCACCACUGCUUUGCCUUUGAGCACCACCGACAUCAUAACCACUGAAGAAGCGGUGUCCACCCCUAACCCAACUACUCCCACCGACGGCAGCAUCUCGACUGCCAGCUCGACCAGCGAAGGCACCACGGACUCCAGUAUGUCCACCGAGGGCACCAGUCUACCAACUAGUGUCAGCCCGACUAGCCAAAACUUCAUGUCCACCACAGACUCUUUGGACACGGGUCCAACCACUAAUCCCAGCUUGACCAGUGAAGGGAGCACGGCACACCCUCACACAGAGGGAGUGAAGAUCCCUUCAGGGGAUUUUAGAACAGAAGACAUGGCGGCACUCGGCGCCACGCUGGGAAUUCUUCUCUUCGUCUGUCUGGUGGUCAUCGGGAUGCUUGUCUGCCGCCUUCAGAGGGGUAAAUCCGACUGGAGGAAAAUCCAUGAAGCCAGUGUGUUCCGAAGCUCUCUGGGCCAAGGCUCAGGAGGCCAGAAGGAGGGCAUCCAGUACACCAACGAGGCUUUCGAGCACGAUGAAGAUGGAGGCAGCGUAGGCUCUGGGGGUCCAGACGUCAUAGUGGGAGAGGAGCUUCAAGGAGGAAGUGCCGGUUUUGCCCUCAAGUCUUCCGCAGCACUGAGCAGCCUCCUGGAUGAUGACCUCAGCCUGACAGGCUCCGACAAGGCCGACAGCGAAAAGGAGGUGAAGCCCAUCCUGACCAAGGAGCGGCGCAUGGAGGAGGGCUACAAGGCGGUCUGGUUCAAGGAAGAUAUCGACCCCCACGCUAAGGAGGAGGUGGUCAUCAUCCCGGACAGCAGGGAGGACGACAGGGAGGACGACAGCGAGGAUGACGACGACGACCGCACCCCAAGUAAAAGGUCCAAAGUGGGCUUCUCCGAGGCCGACCUGGACAGUGGACUCGGGGUGAAAAUGGAAGACCCGGCGGAAGACUCGGAGGGUGACGAAGUCCUGGACGAUGAUUUGUGAGCGCAAGGAGGGCGAAGCAGGAAACGCCUACAAUAAAAGCUGAUGACUUGUCAGCGGAGUCCUUAUCGAACACGAAUCAAAAAGUCUCUGUUAUUAAAUAGCCUCUCCUGAUAGGACGCCAUUAUAGGCAUCCAGCUGAUGUGUUGAAGUCCAAUCGAACCAGCAAAGUCUGCUGUCAGGGAAACAUGAGGUGAGGCACUUAUGCGCUUUUUUUUUUUUGCCUUGAAUUGUACUCUAUUAAAAAGUGUUUUUUACAACAUGUUACUGUAAAAGAAAAAAAAAGUACAGAGGUUUAAAAGCAGUAAAAGUUGUGUAAAUAGGAAUGUUAAUGAUUGACAUUGACCGUAUUGCUGGUGAUUACAUAUCUGGAAUACAUGAGAAUAUAAACAUUG